AUGCCAUCCCGUCCCAUCCUUCCUCACGCCGUCGCCAUCGCCGUCGCGCGCAUGAACAUCCCCCACAAAUUAACACCAGAAUCACAUGCUACCCAUGCUGCCAAUGGCUGCCACACCUACGGAUACUUGCUACCCAUCCGUACGGAUACAACCCGCAGCCUGCCGAGUACAUGGUGUACCUUAUGUAGGAAGUACUCUUGCAGAUGCUCAACGUUCCACUUACUCCUAUUGGAGCCCUGGCACAGCGGCUCAACACGUCAACCCGGUCACUCUUUGCCUGAGCUUACAUUGGGCUAG